GCGUGCGUGCGGGGACUGGGGCGUGUGGGGGACGGCCCGGGGCUGCGGUGUUAGCCUGAGGGGACGCUGGGCGGGCGUGCGGCGGGAGAGGAGGUCCCGUGCGGAGAGCCGCCCGCUGCCCUUGCGAACCCUGGAGCAUCCCGGGGGCCGCGGCGCCUGCUCGCGGAGGCCCGGCUUGUCAUUGGUUUGCCGCCGCUGCUGCCAUUGUGACGGAUCGCGUCCCCCAGCGCGCCUGCGGGCUGCUCUCUGCAGGUACGCCGGGGCUGUGCGCUCGGUCGUCCUCCCCCGCGGCCUGGGGGGGCUGCUUAGCCUGGUCGCUCCGGGUGGACGGUGACUGCGACAGCUCCAGUCCAGUUCGUUUUCAUUUUCCACUGACACGAGUUGUUGCAUGUUGCCUGACAUCGAGUAGGAUGUCAACACCAAGACUUCUGUUUCUGGCCAAGAAGGAAUAACAGGAACAACAACAGCAACAACAACAAAAAGACAGACAAAAUACAUGAAACAAUUAUCUAAGACCCUGGAUAUCAGAUGACAAAGGACUGUCAUCCCUGGGAGAUAGAAAAUAAAUGAGGUACAAACAGGAAGGAAUUGUAAGCAGGGACUCGAGCAGAUAAUUUUAUGCCAGUGUUCACAGCAGCACUGUUCACAAGAGCCAAUAGAUGGAAACAAUCCAGGGGUCCAUCAACAGUAGAAGGACAAACAGAAUGUGGCCUGUCCGUAAGUGGAAUAUUUGGCCAUUAGAAGGAGUGAAGUUCUGAUUCAUGCUACAGCAUGGCUGAACGUUGAAGACAUGAUGUGGAGUCACAAAAGCCAGAUGCACAAGGACAAAUAUGGAAAUGUUAAGAGAUGGCCUUCAGGGAGAAAGGAAAUGAAACCAAGUGGAAAUCUGGAUCUACAGGAAAGCAGUAGCAAUGGUUACUACAUAGCUUCACCUUCUCAGGAUCUCCAUUACUCAGAAAAGCAUUAUCAAGAACAAGGAAGUCAUGGAAGCUGAAUCGCUAACUGCCCAGUCCCGUACAUUGGUGACCUUCAAAGAUAUACUUGUGAACUUUACCAGGGAGGAGUGGAAGCUGCUGGACUCUUCUCAGCAGAUCAUGUACAAAGAUGUGAUGCUAGAGAACUAUAAGAACCUGAUUUCCUUGGGGCAUCAGCUUCCCAAACCAGAUGUGAUCCUCCAGUUGGAGAAGGGGGAAGAGCCAUGGCUGGUGGAGAGAGUGAUUCACCGGGAGACCCAUCCAGAUUUGGAGACUGCAGUUGAAAUUAAAUCAUCAAUUUCCAGUAAGAACAUUUCUAAAGAUAAACAAUCCUAUGGCAUUAAAAUGGAAGGAAUUGCAAAGACUGAUCUUUGGUAUUUGUCAUUAGAAGAAGUCUGGAAAUGUGAAGACGAGUUAGACAAGUAUCAGGAAAACCAGGAGAGACAUUUGAGGCAAGUGACAUUUACCCAAAAGAAAGUACUUACUCAGGAAAGAGUCUGUGACAAUGGUAAACAUGGGGGAAACUGUCUUCUUCCUACUCAGCUGGUACUGAGAGAGUAUUUCCAUAAACAUGACUCACAUACUAAAAGUUUAAAACAUAAUUUAGUUUUUAGUGGUCAUCAGGAAAGCUAUGCAAGUAACAGUGACUGUGGUCAAACCUUUUGUCAAAACAUUCACCUUAUUCAGUUUGCUAGACCUCAGCCAGGAGGGAAGUCCUACAAAUGCCCUGAUCCUGUUAACUCUCUUGCUGGUGGUACAUCGUUUGAUAUAUCGAAGGGUAUACAUAGGGAGAAACCCUAUGAAUGUAAGGAAUGUGGGAAAUUCUUCAGCUGGCGCUCUAAUCUUACGAGGCACCGGCUUAUUCAUACUGGAGAAAAACCCUAUGAGUGUAAAGAAUGUGGAAAAUCUUUCAGCCGGAGUUCUCACCUCAUUGGACAUCAGAAGACUCACACUGGUGAAGAACCCUACGAAUGUAAAGAAUGUGGGAAGUCCUUCAGCUGGUUCUCUCACCUUGUCACCCAUCAGAGAACUCACACAGGAGACAAAUUGUACACGUGUAGUCAGUGUGGGAAAUCUUUUGUUCACAGCUCCAGGCUUAUUAGGCACCAGAGAACUCAUACUGGAGAGAAACCGUAUGAAUGUCCUGAGUGUGGGAAGUCUUUCAGGCAGAGCACACAUCUCAUUCUGCAUCAGAGAACUCAUGUGAGAGUGAGGCCUUAUGAAUGUAAUGAGUGUGGCAAGUCUUACAGCCAGAGAUCUCACCUUGUGGUGCACCACAGAACUCACACUGGACUGAAGCCCUUUGAGUGUAAAGACUGUGGAAAAUGCUUCAGUCGAAGCUCUCACCUAUUCUCCCACCAGAGAACCCAUACUGGAGAGAAACCAUAUGAGUGCCACGAUUGUGGGAAAUCCUUCAGCCAGAGUUCUGCUCUCAUUGUGCAUCAGAGAAUUCAUACUGGAGAGAAACCAUAUGAAUGUUGCCAGUGUGGGAAAGCCUUCAUCCGGAAGAACGACCUUAUUAAGCAUCAGAGAGUUCAUGUUGGGGAAGAGUCCUAUAAAUGUAAUCAGUGUGGGAUUAUCUUUAGCCAGAAUUCUCCACUAAUUGUACAUCAAAUAGCCCACACAGGAGAGCAGUUCUCAACAUGUAACCAGUGCGGGACAGCACUUGUCAAUAGCCCUCACCUUAUUCAAUACCAGACCAACCAUAUCAGAGGAAAUUCUUAUUAAUACAGUGAAUGUGGAGAGUUCUUUAUGAAGAGCAAUAACUUCAUUUUGCAUUGGAAACUCCUAGAGUUUCUAGAGAGAAGCUGUAUAGAUGUAAUCUGUGCAGAAGUGUUUUCAAUCUUGUUGCCACCCUUUUGUGCACUAGAGAAUUGGUCCUAGAAGGGGAAAUAACCCACAGAUUUCAGUUUAGUACACAAAUACAUCAGCUUUUCUUUCUACAAAUUCCUACAAAAGCAAUUGUCCUUGGAGCAUUCUUGACCAAGCCUUAAAAUGCUAAAAUCAUGGAACCAUGAAGUAGGUGAGUUGUGGAGAGAUUAUCCAGCUUUUUUUACCUUCUUCAGAAAGAUAAAUCAAGAGUUGCUACUGCAAAGAAUCAAAAAUUGAUACAGUUAUUGUAACAAAAGUGGAAAAUGGUAUUCCAGUGAAUUCAUAUACCAUUUUUUAACUUCUCCUCUUCUGGGAUAUUUAGUAGUGUUUACUCUGAUUUAUAUGUCUGAUUUAAACCACAUUUUGGUUAGCAGUAGGGAAAAUGCUUAUAAGGCAGAAAAAAGAACACAUGUACUAGUAAUGGUACUUAUUUUAAAUAUAUUUGCAUGUGGGCAAGAUUGGAAAAGUAUCUAUGGAUAAAUAAAACAGAAUUGAUUUGUUAGGUAAUGGGAUUGAGUGAGUUUCAUAGUUUAUCCCAUGUUACUCUGAUAAUUUGAAGGCAUUUUUAAAUAUUAAAAAAAAGGAUAUUCAUUUUUUCUGUUCUAUCCUCAAGAUGCUCAAGAACUACCUGCUAGCAGUCAACAUUCCACAUUGUUUUGGGUCAUAGUUAGAGUUGCACUCUUUGAGACAGGGUGCUAAAGACUUCUGGGAACUUAAAAACAGUGAUUCUUUGGAUAUUGGGACCUAGGGGAAGAUUAGGUAUUUGAGCACCCAGGGAAGGACCUGUUUGGGACCUGGUACCCAUGCCAUACAUAGAGCAGCCAUGCUCAUGUGAUAGCCUUGCCACCCUCCCUCAAGGUAGUUUCUUAUCUUUAUAAAGGAAACGUGGUGGUUGAAGGCAUAAGCUUGUGUGAGACUACCCAAGUUGAAAUUCCAUCUCUGUCUUUAACCGCUAAGUGAGCUUGGGCAUGUGGUCUAACCUCUCUGAACCUAACUCACAGAUACUCUCUUCUGUGACCUAGGGGUAAUAUGUAUCUUGUAGGACUGUGGUGGGUGUUGAGUGAGUAAACACAUAAACAGCUUAGAAUAGUGCCUGAUAUAUAGUAAGUGCUUUACAAUUGCCAGCGGUGUUACUGUCGUUGGCCCACCUUGGUGUGUGUCUUUGAAUUUAAAUCUGCUUGUUUUAAGUAAGAGCUCAUGGGGCUCUUGUUUCCUUCCCAGCCAUGUUUCCCUCUUACUUCCAUCGCCCUUAGCAGCUUGAGGAAAUCACUGCCCAUAGUGGGUGUAUAAACUAAUUUCUGAGGAUCAGUAACUGACUUUUAGUAUUGUAUGCAAAAUCAUAUUGUUUGUACAGAGGUUUUCUUUUCUAGGUUGAGGAGCCUAAUCCUUAGAUUCUGUGGUAAGUUCAUGACCCUAAAAGAUUUAGAAAGAGAAUCUGUUUUAAUUCUCUGUUUCAUUCUGUAAAUGGAUCUCCUGCUUGUAGGGACUAACUGUUGUUUGCCAUUUGCUAACAGACAAGAUAUAGGUUAGGUGCUUAAUGAUUGAUGGGUUAAUGGUAAAUAUUUUUAGACCCAAAAGGACAAAGAUCUUGAUAUGUCCCAGAAAGAAUCUAGAAGUGAUUGUUAGUGUCAUGAGACUUGGGAGCCACAGGGAACAUGAGACCAUUUAACUUGUAUUCUUCCUCAUACAGUUGAGAUAAGGGAAGUUGGUGCAGGUCUCACAUUUUGAGUGAAGUCAGACCCAGAACUAGAUCGCUGGUCCCUCAGUUACUAUUGCUCUCCAUGGUACAUGUAUACCAAUCCCAUGUGUGAUAUACUCCUAUCAGAAUGAGUUUUCAUGAUAAGCAGUGGUUCUUUAUGGGUGCGGAAGAGUAGCCCCUUACCUGGGCCUCUUAGAAUUCCUGAUAACCUAUGGCUCAAUUUUCCUCAGCUGUACAAUGGAGGUACUUCUAGUAUCUACCUCAGAGGGUUGUUCUGUGGACUAAGUUGAGAUAAUGUGUAUAAAGUAUUUAAAACAGUGCCUGGCACACAAGUAGUACAUGUUUUAGCUACUACUAACAUUACUAAUAUGAACACACUAAGGACUUUAGGAAGAGAGAAAUGUCUAUGGAUGAUUACUAAAACAUAAGGGUGCAGAAUUUGCAGUAUAGAGUGUAUAAUAGCAAAAUGGUUAUUUAUAGUGUAUCUGUGUCAUGGAAUAUUAUGCAGACAUUAAAAUUAUGCAAACAAAGUUUGUUAACAAGGAAAAUGUUGAUGCUCUCGUGUGUUGAAAACAUGAUAAAUGAUUGUUAAUAUAGAGUAAACUCAAAUAUAUAAAAAUAAAUGAAUUGUAAAUAACUGAAAUGAAUGUUA